AUGGUCCAUUCCUCGGCAUUCCAUCCAUACACCCGCCCAAUUGCUGUCAAUCCAACCACACCAGAAAUGUCUUUGUCUGAAGAGAAUCUCAGGCUCAUCCUAUCUGCGGAGACUCUCGCUAGUAUGUCCAUGCUUCCGGCAUCUUCAAAGAUCUUUCAACUCAUUGAACCACUUCCACAAUCAUCUCCACCUCAAUCGGCUCCUGCUCUGACUCCAAAUCCAGCCAACUCCCCGUCUUCUUCCAUCAUCGAACAUCCACUCCAAUCUCCGGUCCCUACGGAGAAAUCUCGCCGGAAGCGGACAACGUUCUCGCCAGAACAAGCUAGUCGACUUGAAACUGAAUACCUCGGCGAUAGCUACAUGGCUCGAGAGAAGCGCCUUCUUCUUGCUCAUUCGCUGAGUUUGUCGGAGAAUCAAGUGAAGACGUGGUUUCAGAAUCGAAGAGCAAAGGACAAGAGGGAUAGGAAAACAGAAAACUCUUCUAAUAACACAACUCAAUCGAGAAAGUCAUCUCCAUCUCGGAAGUCUUCAUCUGAUUCCUCUCCAACUCCUUCCUUAAUGACAUCUUCCACUGCAUUUCUUCUUCCACAAAUUCAAACAGCUUCUCUUCCAACUACUGCAGAACUUCUACCUUCCACCCCAUCGGCAGCAGUGAUCCAGAAAAUAGAUCAAUUUCCAAAUCUGCUUCAAAAUUUAGCCCCGAACCUUGAAUUUCUAAACACAUAUAUUCAAACGCUUUCCAAUUCGAAUGCUUCUAUUCAAUCGAUUCUUAAUUCAUCAUCUCCAUUGGUCAAUCCAAGUUUGCUUGGUGUCAUCGUUGAAGAAGAGGGUUCUGGUUCUGGAGAUGGUCCGAUCGAACAAAUUCACAUUUUUGGUAUUCUUCCAGGACCAGGAGACAUUCGUAAGAAGAGAUCAAUUAUGGAUGUUCUCAGUCGCAAAUAA